GUAGCAACUAGAAAAACAUGGUUUUCGGGUUGUCGGAGUUAAACACUUUAAUUAUUAUUUUUUUUUAAUAUUAAGUCUAUAUACCCAACUUGGAUAAAUCAGUAAUGAAGGCGUUUGAAGUAAACGAUGAGAAUUUAGAAGAUUUAUUAACAUUCGAUGACCUAUUCUUAGAUUUUUUUAACGCCUUCCUAGCUCUUCCUGCUUUCCCGAAGCCUUUGUACUAUAAUCGAUUAACGGGAACGUUUCUUGAACUGCCAAAUACUUUGUCAUCAUCGGGGAGCGUAUCUUUAGUGGAAAGACCUGAAACUCCACCCUAUGGAGCAACUGACGAAGAAAGAGAUAGAAUGCUAGAAUGGUGCCGGGAAGAGAGAUUACAGCUUUUCCGACAGUCUCCUCUGUUUCGUCAGAUGAAAUUAUGUAAACUGUUACUUAGAGACCUGGAAGAAGUUCCAUCUAGGGCUUCGUCCCGUCUCCUUCGAGGUUAUAGUAGACAAACCGAAAGCUAUGUUUCGAGUUUAAGCAAUUCAGCUGACAAUAGUGGAGGACAUGACCUAGACGAUACCGAUCGAUGGACUGAAAUUGAUAGAGCCAACCUCUACAAAUACAAAAGACCCGGUAGUCGAGCCUAUAGUCUACCCCCUAGAUUGGGAUUGUUAAAUUCGUUCGGGACAAAAACGGAAACUACAACGGAAUCUGAUACCAAACAAUCCCACAGGCCUGUUACGACAACUAGUAAAAAGACAACGGACGUAACAGACGACGAUGAAGAUGUAGUCGAAAGACGUCAUGCAAAUGCCGGUUCGACGCCUGGUCCAGCUGUUAGGCAAACAACUUUUGCUAUGAAAGAUAAGCCGAUUUAUUCCGUGUCUAACACGGAAACUGAAGAAGGUCUUUUAGAAUCCAUAAAAUCUAGGAAAAGCGCUCUUAAAAGUGCCAAAAGCGAAAGAAAGAGUUCAAGGUCUGUCAGAGUAAAAUCACCAAGCGAAGUUGAGCUGGGUACAUCACCCGUUAAGCACGAUUACUACGAAAAUCUCGGUCAAGAAGAAUGGGCAGAUGAAGAAGCAGUUGUUGAAUUUGAAACAAAUGAUAUUGACGAAAGACAAACGGAAUCUGAUCUUAAAUCAAUAAUUGGAAGGCAUAACUUGUCCAUACGUGAAUUGAAGGAGCAAUUUAUAGGAUCAGCUCACGGAAUGCAAAUGUUCAAAGAAUUCCUCUCCGAUACCAGUGGCAUACAUUUGAUUAACUUUUGGUUGGAUUGCGAAUAUUUUGCAGAUACAAUGGAGGAAUAUAAUGAAAUUGAAAAUACAGCCGUCAGGAAUCAAUUGUUUCGUGAUAUUCAAGACAAAUAUAGAAUGAAAUUGACUGAAGAUGCUCAAAAACAAAUAAACGCUGCCUCCAGAAAUGCUAAUCUAUCUCAUACUGUAUUUAUACGAACGCAAUAUGAUGUAUUGAGGAGAUUGAGGGUUUAUUGGUUACCUAGAUUUUUAAUCCAUAAAGAACGAACAGAGUUACUGGGAAAUGGUAGUGCCCUUAACAAUAUCAAGAGGCAAUCCAGCACUCCUUUCUAUUGCCCUAAGCUGUCUGUUGUUAAUUCAAUGCCUGUCAAACCAAACGUAUUAGAACAAAUGGCAGCCACUGAUAAGUGGGAGAUGAUAGAGAAACCCGGAAGGAGUUUAUCUGUUGAGAAAUCUACCAAAUCUAUAUCCGAUAUGCUUGAAGUUAAAACACCAUGGUCUCCAAUGUAUGAAAAGCAACUAAACGCAAUGAAAAUGGAUAAGGAUGCUGGGGGACCUUUUCUUAGAUUUCUAAACAGAAAUAAGGAAGAUGAAUUACUCUGUGGCUUACUCUUCUGGCAAGAAGUUGAGGAAUGGGCUACUCAAGAGGGUAGAAAUGACCGUUUACUUAGAUUAUUUCAUGCCUGGAACGUAUAUAAUAAAUAUAUUGCAUACAACAGUUACAUGUAUAUCGGUUUAGAUAGUAAUGAAAUUGAUAAGAUUUAUCGAAAUCUACAAAAAUCUGAUUAUUUCGUUGAAAAGGAAAUCUUUGAUUGCGCUAGAGAUUACUGUAUGAUCAAAUUGGAAAAAUCAUGGAUACGUUACUUGAAAGAGGAUACUAAACACUUCAUUGAAUGCUGUCAUAUUCGUAUUACUUCACCUCCCAGUACAGCGGAAGAAAUCGAAGUAUUUCUUGAUGACCAUCAUCAAAUCGUUAUCAGACAUCAAAGACCAUGGAUAGGACGUCAGCCUUCUUCGACAAAUACACAAAGAGCUGAACGUUUACGUACAGCUUUGUCUUUGGCUGAGAGUAUUGACGAAGCUCGUCAGGCUGAGAUUAGGAGGAAAGCAAAAGAGAGGCGGGCGGAAAUGGAAAAAGAGAGGAAGAAAGCUAUUAGAGCAGCUAGAAAGAGACAAAAAGAAGCGAAAAUGAGAAAAGGCGUGUCAUUUCAAAAAGAUGAAGACGAAGAAAAGAAAUCAUCCCAUUCUGCAGCCACCACUAAAAAAAGCUACGAAGAUGACGAAGGUGAAGAAGAAGAUGACGAUGAAAUCGAAAAUGAGGAAGAAGACGAUAAACCUCCAACCUUUAAGGAAAUCAUAUUAGAUAAACCCUUGAUUGGAACAUUUAAAAAGUUUAUUAAUGAGAGAGAAGGAAAAGAGAGUAGAAACUUAGUCGAUCUAUACCUCGAUAUCGAUUCUUACCAUCGUCUUGGCUCGGAUCGUACACAAAAGCCUAGAAAGGAUGCCCAAGCUGUAAUGAUUAGUAGAUCUUACUUUGAUCAAACAGCGAAAAAAAAAAUAUUAAUGAAUGAGAAAUUCUACAGUAGACUGAAAACGGAAAAAGAUAGGCCAAGAACAGCCACUUUGAAAGAAGCCCAAAAUCACAUAUUACCAAAAAUCAACGAGUUAUUCUCCAGUUUCUGGGAGAGCCAAACAGCAGAGCUAGGGGUCGAUAAAAAAUCGCUUACGGCUCGGAGAUCGAGACUCGAUUCAGCCUUAGAGAACGACCCAAUGCUAAUAAAAAAUUGGAAAAGAGGGAAGAGUAAGGAAGGCACGUUCACUUCACAAGCUAGUCACGAAUCGCACAAAUUGUCGAGAUCUAACACUAAAAUUCACUAUAAGGUUGAUGGUAGAGCUCAACCAACGGCGGAUGAUAAAGUUCAAUUCAUGCAAGCUCUUAGAAUUGCCUCUCAAGGUCGUUUGCAAAAAGAAAUGUUGCUUUUUUACAAAUAUCUUCGAAACCAUGGCCUGAAGGAUGGCAUGCCUAAAAUCGAUAAGGAUUUAUUCUUUUAUUUCGAAGCAACUAAAUUCAAGGAUUGUCAUCAUCAGCACGCUGACGAAGAGACGAUUAGGCGUAAAUUGCAAUCGAUUAUUGAUUGUUACUUGCAGUCUUCAACACCUCCCGAGGUUCAGGUAGACUGCUCUCCUGAAUUAGCUCAGAAAAGCAUUAGACAUUGUCAAAGAUAUCUAACUGGGAAAGAGAAUAGACAAGAUAUGUUUGACGAGAUACAAUUUCAAUGUCUUAAAGAGCUGUUGCCAUACUGGGCAGGCUUUUCAAGGAAACCAGAAGCAUUAAUUGAUGAAAGACCUCUCUCAACCGAAGAGCAGGAGAGAAUAGCAAAACUGCAAGCAUUCUUAAGUUGGAAGCCUCCCUCAGCCAAAGCUCAUCCACUUCCAGCAAUACCAAAAGGAUCUAAUAUGGUGACGUUUACGUUUACACUAACAGAGGGUGUUAAGUGGAAGCUAAAAAUGGAAUCCCGAAAUUCGACCUUUUCAUCUGACGUUAGGGAUGUUCGUUUAUCGGAAUUCAAUUUGCGAGAAGGUUCCGAAACAGAGCCUUCAUUCUUUAGUAAUAAAUUGGUAGGGACCUUAUUCAAAAAGAAAAUAUAGUAUACUUAUGUUUCGCUUUAGACGUUGUUAAUUUCAUUUUGUAAAGUUCUUUUUUAGCUUUUCAUUAUAUUUCCCGCCCUAAAAAUGGUUCUACCUCUGUAGGGAAAACUAUUGCAUGUUUUAUAAUGUCAAAAAAAGAUUAUCAUAUAUACAUACUAUGGUAUAUUAAAAUAAUUAUUUAUUCUACUAUUAAAUAAUCAAGGGUAAAUAUGUAUAUAUGGGUCAAAAAUUCACUUUAUCGGUGAUAUUAAAUAUGUCUUUUAAAGUAUUUAAUGUAGUGUAUUUAUCGUUCUUGACUCCUCUCGGUCUCUCUCUCUCUCUCUCUCUCUCUCUCUCCUCCCUCUCCCUCUCCGUCUUUUCAUCGCCUCAUCGCUUCGUCUGUUUCUAGAUAUUUGUAAAUAUUUUGUAAAUAUUGUAGAAAAACGUAAAGUGUUUUUUAUAUAGUAAUCUAUUUUUAAAAUUAACCUUUUCUAAUCGAUUGUUUUUUUUCCCUUUUUUUUUUUGCCUUGACCUUUUAUUACACAUCUCUACACGUGAAAAUACUGUAUAUAAAGGCUGAGGAUAUGAGGGAGACAACAAAUCAAGAGGAUAGUAGAACUACGUCAGUUGCUCAAGGAAGUGUUAAAGGACGUUUCAGUACGACACUCGCUCCAAUUUCCGAUGUUGGCAGAAAGCGGUUAAGUACUAUCGGUCAAAUAGCGGCCAAAUAAAAGAAAAGUACUAUUAAACAAGGUGUUAUUACUUGUUGUGCCAAAUACACAUGGAUACCUAUAAAUUUUUCAUUAUAAAUCAUUUAUGAGCAAUAUCAUUAAUAGUGUA